AUGAUGAAUCAGUACCGGAGGCCUUACAAAGAUUCUUUGGACUACCUCAACGAUCAGUUUAGCUUGCUGGAAUGUGAAAUUCGCAUCGCGGAACAUCGACGGCAAAGCACCAAGGAGGAUGUUGGCGUUGAGGAGUGGGCAGAGCCGCCAGGGAGACGGGGAUACGACGCCAAGAGCAAUGGACGUGGCGCGGAGCCAUUCCUUCUGCGAUCUCGCAAGAUCAACGUCUUCGAGCACGAAGCCAAGCGUAAGUUGGCCCUGGCCCGGAUCCACCAUCGCCUGAAGUUGACGAAAGAGGCCGGUUUGGAGGUGCCCAGGCUGGAGGUGUUGCUGCAGAAGACCAAGUUAGAUGAUUUCGAGAAGAGUGUGGCAGCUUGUCUUGAGCUUCCACCGCAUCGUUUGACCAUGUUUGUGGUGAUGCUGGUGGGCAACACUUUGUCCCCCAAGAUCCAGGCCACGCUGAAUGUGGGCGAGCGACGCUUCUGUGUGAACGUUCCACUGCAGGUACGAGUCAUUCUGGAGACCUUCUGCCGGGACUUUAAAGAGGAGGUCCAAAAGCGAGUGUAUUUCUACAAGUCCAGUCGCCUCGCUAGUAGUGGCAUCAUUCGCAUCGGAGCGGGUGCUCGAAGCGGAGACUUGACUGGACACACGGUGCACAUUGACCGCCGGAUUUUGGACUUCGUGGUGGGUCUCGACACGGAGAUCAAUGAGGUGGUCGAGGGCAGCAAUCUCUACAAACCUUCCGCUACCCUGGAGCAGCUGGUGCUGCCUGAGGACAUGAAGCAAGGAAUCCUGGCUUUGGUGGACAACUUUGAGCAGUUCUGCAAGUACCGCAAGUCUUCAGGUUUAGAUGAUGUCAUUGCGCAUGGGUCAGGUUUGGUGCUGAUGUUUUGUGGCCCCAGUGGCACUGGAAAGACCUUGAUGGUCAACGCCCUCGCUGCGCACCUGGAAAAACGCGUGCUGCUGGUGAACUUCAAAACGCUCUACAGCCAUCACAGCGACACUGGGAUCCAUGAGGAGGACGGCUCCAAUGUGUUGAAACUCUUUCGGGAGGCCGAAAUGAGCGACGCAGUGCUUUUCUUCGACGAGUGUGAAUCCCUCUUCAGCCAACGUGCCAGUGGAGGAUCCUCCGAACUCACCGCGUUGCUGACCGCCAUGGAGCGCUACGAGGGGAUCAUUUUCCUGGCGACCAACCGACCCUUCGACCUGGAUGAAGCCAUGUAUCGACGGAUCACCUCAGUCUUCACCUUCAGCAAGCCGGACCACCUGCAACGGCUUGAAAUAUGGAAACUCUACACCCAGACAGGCGUGCCGUUGGCGCCGGACAUCGAUUGGGAGAAGAUCGCCAUGAAAUUCGCCCUCACUGGUGGUUACAUCAAGAAUGCCAUUGUGAGCGCGUUGCUGCUGGCCAUCUCCAGAAACAAUGUCGAGCCCCGAGUGACAGAGGAGGAUAUCACGGGCGGAUGCAUAAUGCAGGUCCGCGGCUCCCUGCAGAUGCAAAGCUUCGCCAAGCGCCUGGUGCCGCGCGCGGGGCUGGACGCCUUGGUACUGGCACCCGAACUGAAGCAGAAGCUGUUGGACAUCGUGGCCUUUGAAAAAGCGCGGCCUUUGCUCUUGGAGACCUGGGGUUUUGGAGAUGCUGGCGAUGGCCGCAACGACGGCGCGGCCUCCCGCCCGGACGGCCCGGCGCGGCCCAUCGUCACCGUGGCGCUCUUCUGGGGAGCGCCGGGCACCGGCAAAAGCGCAGCAGCUGAGGCAUUGGGCUUUGAAUUUGGACGGGCACUGAAAGUCGUCAACUUCCCAGAGGUCAGUACGGAGAUGAGGACUGCCAAGUCCAAUGGUGGCUCCUUGGAAACCACCUUUGAGGAGGCAAAGGCGGCCGACGCAGUGCUGGUCAUUGAAGGCAUUCGCCCAGAAAGCUUUCUCGAUGAGUCCGACGUCGGACUGGAUAGCGCAUUUCAACAGUUGGCUUUUCACAUCGAACGCUUUAGCGGUGUGGUGCUGCUGCUGGUGACCUCCGACGAUGUCUUCCGGAUGCAGCUGCUUCCUCAGGAGUUUGCUCGGCUCACCAAGUUCCUGGUUCUCUUUGAUCACCCCACCGCGGACCAGCGGCAGGCCUUAUGGCGUUCGGCCCUUCCCAGCCGGGUGCCGCUGGCGGAGGAUGUGGACUUUGCGGUGCUCGGGGCUUAUGACCUGGAUGCCGAUGGCAUCGCAUCGGCUGCCUUCAGGGCCUGUGCCAAAGCGGUGUUGAGGACAGACAUGGCAAAGGUCUUUCUGGAGGAUUUGACUUCCGCCGCCGAAGUGGAAAAGUCCCUCCUCAACAAGUCCAAGGGCGUAUCAGCUUGUCGCCCCUCAAUCGAGGAGUUCCUGAGGAAGCACCGCUACCAGGAAAUUUCCAGCUUCCACACCAUCUACAUGCUGACCGAAGAACGCAGUGGAAGAAGGUCCUGGAAAGGCUGCGAGCGCCUGUGUUGGCGAUUGAAGAGCUCUGACCUGGAGUGUCUUGGUGCGGAAAGGCGUUUGUUCAUCCCCAUCCUGACGCUGGAUGGAGUUGAGGGCUCUUAUCCCGAGAUGUUCGAUCAGCAUCCAAAGAACAUGGGCCUUUGCUUUCAGAUGGCCUCAAAUGGUUAUGACGUGCUUCUUCUCGAAGCACAGGAUCGUUUGUCCAGCAACGAUUUGGAAGGCAGCAUGUAUUUCUCGGGGACUGGAGGCAUGCGUCCGGGGCAUGUGGCCAAAUUGGAGCCCGUGGCCUGCAAUGGCACGCAGGAGCUUCUGGUUGACUUGACGGAUUGGAUGAAGCGUUUCUCAGAGUAUUUCAAAGGCGAUGGCCAACAGACGCAAAUACUUGAAGCCAAAGGCUACAAGGAUAAUUUCCUGAUCCGCUGCUCAACACAGCAGCAGUCCAAGCUACCGGUGAAAUCGGCCAAAGACUCCCUGACGGUCUAUUUCACCGUCGCUUUUGCUUCCCUGCCGGCCGAAGCCAUGACCCCUCGGGCCUCAGAUGCCAGGGUGGGAUUCUUUACGACGCCCAUCCUGGUGGGUGGACCCACCCAAGCCACAACAGUGCAAUACGUCAUCUCCAAGUGGAACUUGGAAAGGCGGAAGCAGCUCCAAUACGUUAUCGACAAGUCUGUGCCGGAGAUCUAUCAUGAAACCAUCAAGAAGGGCGUGCUGGCUUGGAACGAGACUUUGUGCGGUGCGACUGAUCGCAGUGAUCCCUUGCCGUUGGUGCUCUGCGUGGCACCCGGGGAUGAUGAGUAUCCAGAGGAGUACGAAGCUGGUGAUGGGCGGCACAUUGCCAUUUUCAUGACCAACCCAUCGACGAAAGGGCUGCUGGGAUAUGGUCCCAGCACCUUGGCUCUUGUUCCAAACUGUGCUGUAGAUUAUCGCAGCGGCGAGAUCUUAACCGCCAGCGUGGUGCUGGCCUUGAAAUCCCAUGCCACACGGCGGCAGAACUUCGGAGACCUUCACACCUUUGGAUAUGCAGAACAUAUUCAUAACAUAUGUUAUAGGCGAUAG